AUGCUGUCCAGAGCCACCUGGAGCCUGGUGCUGAUAAAAAAAGGACUCGGAAUGCCAUUCAGAAUUCGAGGGAUACACAGUCCAGGAGACACCGCCCGGAGUGAGGGGAAGAUGCCCCCGUAUACCAGCUACCAUGCCCAGCGCUCCUAUCCGAUGCCGGACGAGCCCUUCUGCACAGAGCUCAGCGCCGAGCAGCGGGCCUUGAAGGAGAAGGAGAAGGGGAGCUGGACCCAGCUGACCCAUGAGGAGAAGGUGGCCCUGUACCGGCUCCAGUUCCACGAGACCUUUGCAGAGAUGAACCGUCGCUCCAACGAGUGGAAGACAGUGAUGGGCGGUGUCUUCUUCUUCUUUGGAUUCACAGCUCUGCUGAUUUGGUGGCAACGGGUCUAUGGUGAGUGGCCCAUCACCCUGAGAGACGAGUGGAAGGCCCAGCAGCUCCAGCGCAUCCUGGAUAUGAAGGGCAACCCUGUGCAAGGCCUGGCUGCCCGCUGGGACUACGACAAGGAGGAGUGGAAGAAGUGA